ACCAGAGAGAAGACAGCUUCCCUUAGUCCCCAAGCAGUGAUUGUCCGACUGUGUGCCAGUAUACAUCUCCAGAGUCCUCUUCCUCCAUCCACCAACCCCUGACUGAGGCCAGGACCCCUUGUUCCCAGCCCCCACCUCUGCCUCCCUCUGUGCCUGUCUCCCAGUGCACCCCUCAGACGGCGGGAGCGGACGGCCGCAUUUCCAUACCACACAGGAUCUUGACUUGAAGGAGUGAGAAAGACCCAAAGUUCAAAAUGGGAGCUGGAGGAAGUGUCGAAGACAAGGCAUUAGCCGCAAAGUCCAAGGAGCUUGAAAAGCAGCUGGCGGAGGAUGCAGACAAAGAAUCCAAGACAGUCAAGCUUCUGCUGCUUGGUGCUGGUGAGUCUGGGAAGAGCACAAUUGUCAAGCAGAUGAAAAUUCUCCAUCAAGGUGGUUAUACCAAAGAAGAACAAUUGGAGUUCAGGGCGAUCAUCUAUGGUAACAUCCUGCAGUCUGCUCUGGCCAUUAUCAGAGGCAUGGAGAUGCUGUCCAUUGACUUUGGAUCACCAAAAGGAUCUGAAGACGGGCAGAAGCUGUCCAACCUGUCAGACUCCAUUGAAGAGGGCUCCAUGCCCCCUGAGCUGGCUGACGUCAUCAAGAGGCUGUGGAGUGACAGUGGUGUCCAGGCCUCCUUCGAGAGAGCAGCUGAGUACCAGCUCAACGACUCAGCUGGCUACUACCUUGCAGAAUUGGACAGAAUCACAAAGUCUGAUUACCUGCCCAACGAGCAGGAUGUGCUGCGUUCUCGAGUCAAGACCACCGGUAUUAUCGAGGAGCAGUUCUCCUGCAAAGAGCUGCACUUCAGAAUGUUCGAUGUGGGCGGCCAGCGGUCGGAGAGAAAGAAGUGGAUCCAUUGUUUUGAGGGUGUGACCUGCAUCAUCUUCUGCGGAGCCCUCAGUGCUUAUGACAUGGUGCUCGUAGAGGACGAUGAAGUGAACCGUAUGCAUGAGUCUCUCCACUUGUUCAACAGUAUCUGCAACCACAGGUUCUUCGCCACCACCUCUAUCGUGCUCUUCCUUAACAAGAAGGAUCUCUUCGAGGAGAAGAUCAAGAAGGUCCACCUCAGCAUCUGCUUCCCAGACUAUGAUGGCCCCAACACGUAUGAUGAUGCCAGCGACUACAUCAAGAAGCAGUUUGAGGAGCUGAACAUGAAGAAGGGUGUCAAAGAAAUCUACUCUCACUUGACCUGCGCCACGGACACAAAGAACGUUGAGAUUGUGUUCGGAGCCGUGACAGACAUCAUUAUCAAAGAGAACCUAAAAUCUUGUGGUCUGUUCUAAGCAGAUACACAAAAAAGAUGUUAUUUUCCCCCUCAUCCCUCCACUUGGAUUCAUGUUGAAGUUGAGCAGUAGGAACAGAAUGCACAACAGAAGGCUUUGUAAUGGCAUAAGACUCUUCAGACCCUUCAAUUCUAGACUAUUCCUUCCUAACACCCUAAAUGAUGACUAAUGAAUGCAAAUACUAGGAAACAGCAACCAAUUUACUCCAAAGAUGGCAACAUGUCCCUCCCGGAGACAAUGUGGAUGAUGAUGUCCUUUAGAUGGAAAUUAGGAUAAGAAGUCAGAAGACCAGCAGAAUUAACAUAUGUUUAAUAUAGGUACUUUGUUAUUCUGAAUGAUUUCUGGCUCUGUAUGAUGGGUUUGUGUUGAGGAAAGUGUCCAAAGCUGCUCAUGGACUCCAAUUGAUAAACUUAUGAAAGGAUAUGUUUUGAGGUGAUCCAUUUUACUCAACAUGGUCAGAGUGAAGUCCUUUCCAGUAAUAUUGCUCUUGCCCCAUGAUUUAUGUUUUUAUCUAGUUCUAAGUAUCUCAAAUUAGAACUCUGUUUGGAUAUGCCUACUGUUUUGCACCAGAUGUAACACAGUAAAAAAAAAAAUAUUUAGCUAAUUCCAAUCAGUGAGUUCAAAUAGCCAAGUCUAAACUGGAAUUUAAGAAAAAGUACCCUCAAAACAAGUUAGCAACGUAUUUUGUAAAUACAAUAGUAGAAUAGUGGACCUUAUAUAUAUUAAUAUUCAAAUACGUAUCAAAAUGUUCAACAUCAGUGACAUGUUUAGUGAUGUAUAUGUAUAUUUCAUUUUGACUAUUUACAAUUGAACAUGUAACUCUGACCGGUCUUGCGAAAGAUAGACAUUCAAAAUAAAAAUCGACAUAGAAACUUCAA